AUGGAUGAUUACCGUUUUCGCGCUCAGCAAUCCCCAAGAAACGAAGCGCCGAUGAAUUCUCUUGUCUCACCGCAGAGAAAUGGCAGGCCUAUGCCUCAGCCAGUCUCGCAAGAUCCUCGAACAACUUUGCCUCGACGAUUCACCACCGACUCGGGGCGUGUACCAACAUUGUCCACUAUAUCCACGCAGCGAUUGCCGGAACCCCAAGAAUAUACUGCCUUAGAGAAGAAAAAAGUCGAGUAUGAAAAGCUUCGAGAGCAAAAACGGCGAUUCGAAGCCGAAAUGCACAAGUUAGACCAGCAGCAACGGCGGGAUGAAUUCGAUAUUGCUCAGAUGCAGGAAGAUUUAGGUCGGGGAAAUGGGAUAGGCAUGACGGGUCACCAAUCCGAGCCGACGACGCCUCCCGAGUAUAGAGAGACAAGCUCGGGAUUCCCUACUAUGUUCUCUCGUCCCAAUCGUUAUUCCACCCCGAGCCUCGGUCUCGUCUCUCCGCCGGGACUUUUCAAUCGACCGGGUAGAUCUGGUUCGCAGCUGGCAUCUCCCCAGUCCGGUCUUCUUCAAUCCCGUUUCUUUGACGAUCCUUUACCGUCCCGUUCCGUGCCGGGAUCGCGUAGAAAUAGCGACGAGGAUGAGAAGGAAGAGGCACUUCGUCAGGACCCCACGAGUCAUCGAUCAACUAAUGCUCUCAACCGAUAUUCUAUGCCGGUUACUCGUCGUGGUAAUCUUUACGACAACCUUGAUCAAACCAACACAGCUGGUUUCCUGUUCAGGGACGACGAAUCCUCAAUGGACUUGAACAACUACGCCAGCAUCGACGCUGGUGAGGAUAAUUUUCCUCAACUCUAUGCCCAGAAGGGCAACCCCAACGUGCUUUCUGCCUCGUCUGCCGCAGUUGACCUCGCAUCUCAGCGCGCCAGUGGUGAAGCCACACCCAACAACGGUUGGGGAUCUAUCACUCGUCACCGACAGCAGCAAAGCCUGUCUACCCUAGGAUCAUCUCAGAUCAACACCCCCGAUACCAUGAGCCAGGCUGGAUCUACUGAGGCCAGCUCGGUCACUACUCGCCCUUUCCGUCACUCUUUGGACAUGAACCAGUACCGAGAGGCUAACACCGAGGUUGCCACUACCGCAACCAUCCCACCUUCGUCCGCCCAAGUGCUGUCUACUCCCCCGAAGUUGCAGACUUCAUUCUCCGCAGGUGAUUCUUCUAGCAAGAACGUCUCUAACGCUACCAUGACUCCCUCUGGCAACGCCAAUGCCCAUGCUCAACAGCAUUUUCAUAAUCACAACGCAAGCAUUGGACGAUACCCCCCUGGAGCAGUCAAACGCCAUAGCCGUGAGUUAUCAAGUGACAAUCUUACAGCCGUCACCCAGGCCGGUGCCCCAUUCCCUUCGAUCCAGUCGCAGCUACAGGGUGGUGCCCCUGCAUUUGGGCCCAUCGCCUCCAGCCAGGCCGGUAUCCAGUCACCUGUCUCUGCCGGCGCAUCCUCCUCGUCGCCAUCCAGCAUUAGCCCUUACACUCAAUUUUACAACGGGUACGGUCCACAGAAUGCUGGUAACGGCUAUGGCAUGAACAUCUUGGCUUUGGGCAUGCAGGGCAUGAAUCUGGGAAACUAUCCCCAGAACUAUCCCGGCUAUGGUCCGGUUUACCAAGGUCCUGGCCAACAGAGAGACUCUCAACAACGCGUGAUUCAGCAACGUCGUGCCCAGGAAAAUGAGGCAAUGAAUCGCUUUGCAGGUAUGAGCAUCGAGUCGGUUGUUGGUACUAUUUACAGUCUUUGCAAAGAUCAGCAUGGCUGUCGAUUCUUGCAGAAGCAAUUGGAGAAUAGAAUCCCCGAGCAGGUUCAUAUGAUUUGGUUAGAGACUAACCAACAUGUUGUCGAACUUAUGACAGAUCCUUUUGGUAAUUACUUGUGCCAAAAGCUUCUUGAAUACUGCAACGACGACGAGCGUACCGUGUUAAUCCAGAACGCCACUCAGGAUAUGGUUCGGAUUGCGCUCAACCAGCACGGAACGAGAGCCUUGCAGAAGAUGAUCGAAUUUGUCAACACACGUACCCACAUUAGCCUGAUCACCGAGGCUUUGCGAUAUCGGGUCGUCGAACUUAUCCAAGAUCUCAAUGGCAAUCACGUUAUUCAGAAGUGCCUGAACAAAUUCAGUGCGGAAGACGCUGAUUUCAUCUUCAAUGCCGUUGGCAAUCACUGCAUCGAGGUCGGCACCCAUCGCCAUGGCUGCUGUGUUCUCCAGCGAUGUAUCGACCACGCGUCGGGAGAGCAGAAGUUGUGGCUGAUCAACAAGAUCACCGAAAAUGCCACUCGACUAGUGCAAGACCCAUUUGGCAACUAUGUUGUUCAGUACAUCAUCGACUUGAACGAGACUGUGUUCACGGAGCCUUUGAUCCAGCAGUUCCGGGGCAAGAUUACUCAGCUAUCUCGUCACAAGUUUAGCUCGAAUGUCAUGGAGAAGUGUCUCCGUUGCGGCAAUGAUGACUCUCGGGAUAUGAUGGUCAAGGAGCUUCUCACUCCAGGAGAGAUGGAACGCCUUCUCCGCGACAACUUUGGCAACUAUGUUGUCCAGACCGCUCUUGACCACUGUACGCAGCACAUGAAGAUUCCGCUUGUCGAGGCAAUCCGACCUAUCAUCCCCACUGUGAGAACCGCACCUUACGGCCGACGCCUCCAGGCCAAGAUUCAACAGCACGAUACUCGCAGCGGUAACACUGGUGGACAGACCACGCCUACCGAUCCGACCGGAGGCCAGAUCACAAUGCGUCCUCCCCAAUCUCGCCCACUCAUGAAUCAAUCCAUCGAGGCACCAGCUGGCGCUUACAUGAACGGCUCCAUUCCUAACGGCAUGAGCGGUCCUCGGGGUAGAAUGGCUUAUCCAUCUCACAAUGCCAUUACAGUGCCGGGUGUCGCGACCAGCGCUCCUCCGCAGCCGCCUAGACUGACGACCUUCUCCACGUUCCCUGGCGCUGGCGGCAAUCCCGAAUUUUUUUAG